GCACACAGGCCGUUAAAAAUAUUGUACAACCAGAAUAUGCUGAUGCAAAAAACAAUCCACCAAGCUCAAACAAAGGAAGAUCUGAAUGCAAAGAAACACCUCGAACAUUGUUCACUAGAGAGCAUAGAUUGCUAAGGAAAGAAGGGGAGAAAUGGAUGCGAGACACAGCAACAUCAUGUAUGGUUGUAGCAACACUAGUCACAGCAGUCGUCUUCCAAGCAAUCUUUCAACCACCUUCACCAAGUAAUAAUAACCAAAACAAAAAGUUAUUUUGGUUGUUUGUAGCAUCGGAUGCAUUUUCUUUAUUGUCUUCAACCGGCUCGAUCUUGACAUUCCUUUCCAUCUUGACAUCAAGGUACGCCGAGGAGGAUUUUCUAGUAUCGUUACCUCUCAAAUUAAUAGUUGGGUUGGCGUUACUUUUCUUCUCUAUAAUGACAAUGUUGUUAGCCUUUACCGUGGCUAUUGUCAUCAUCUACCCACAUCGAAUGUUAUGGAUAACUAUCGCUAUCCUAGCAUGGAUCAUUGGUAGCUCCUAUAUUUUGCAACAUCUUCCAUUGUUGGUUGAGGUUUAUUGUUCAACAUUUGGAUCUAAUUAUAUUUUCCGACCUCAACAAGAGCUCUUUCGAGAUUCAUGAAUUAAGAAGCGAAUGAACCUCGAGGGUUUCGAGACUGUUUAUAGGUGAUCAGAUUCAUUUUCUGGCCGUAAAUGACGGGCUAACUAUUGUAUGAGCUACAUGUAAUAGAGUCUAUUGUAUCUUGUACUUUGGCCCAUGCCACAAGUAUACAUAUACCUCUGUUCGAUAAUAAGGAUACGCUUUGAUUUUUUUACCAUUUUUUUAGUAUUAUACUUUGUAUGUAAAAUGAUUUAACAUAUGUAGUAUAAGAUUUUGUUUGAUUA